GUAAAUGCAUUGACCUGAAAGCAAUGGCAACACGACAGCGACGUUUAGUAAAUGUUGACCGAGUUCUUUUUUGUGCCAGAUAAAUCUACACACAGCGACAAAUUCCAAACCAUUUUCUCUUGGCAACAGUUACUAAUUCAGGUCCGGAAAUAUUCAAUUCGGUGGCGUUUGAAUUAAGUUUUGCACGCCAGCUGCUAACAAAGAGAUGCUGUUUUGAACGCAAACACACAAUGUACCUUUGAAGAGUCGGGACUUAACGUGUGAAAAUGUGUUCAAAAAGUGUGAAAGAAGAGUACGAGGAAGAACUUCGUCCAGGUGUAUUAACCGUAGCAGAAGAAUGCCUUCAUCUUGAGCAGCAGGAGUGGAAUGUCACAGUGGUGGAGCAAAGUGCAGAAAUACCACUUAUUAAAGAGGAACAGCCAGAGAACCCUUACGUUCAAGAUGAAAAAGAGACAGAAUGCUCUCAUACUGAAGAGAAUGAAGAGGAUGAUCACAUCUUCAUCAAAGAGGAAGAGGAGGAAAAUGACAUCACAAAGUUCCCCUUGAUUGUUGUCACUGUAAAGAGUGAAGACGAUGAAGACCAAAGUCGGUGGCCUUCUCUUCAUCCCAAUGAAAGAGAGGAGAACAGAGGGGUGGAGCCUCAGAGCAGCAGCUCAAGUCAACACACAACAGAAGAUGGCCUCUUAGCGCCACUGUCAGACAGUGACGACGUCACGUCACACUCUUCCAACCCAGACAAUGAUGAGAACUCGAGAGAGAAACCUUAUGCCUGUAUGGUCUGCAACACACAGUUUAGUGUUCAUUCACGUUUUAUUCAGCAUAUGAGAAAACACACUGGGGAAAAACCCUUUUCCUGCUUGAUUUGCGGUCAAAGUUACACUCAAAGAGGUGCUUUAACAAGACACACCAGAACGCACUCUGGGGAGAAACCGUUUUCGUGUUCAGAUUGCGGGAAAGGAUUUACUCAGAAGGAACAUUUGGUAACACACACUCGAACACACACGGGAGAGAAACCUUUUCCGUGCUUAGUAUGCGGUAAAAGUUUCUCUAUCAAGGGAAAUUUGAUAACGCACACGAGAAUACACACUGGGGAAAAAUCUUUCGCAUGCUCUGUCUGCAACUUUAGUUUUGCCGAUCGUUCGUCGUUGGUUCAACACAUAAGAACCCAUACUGGCGAGAAACCUUUUUCCUGUUCGGUCUGCGGUAAAAAAUUCACUCAGAAAGGGCAAUUGGGGACACACUCGAGGACACACACAGGAGAAAAGCCUUUUCCCUGCUCAGUUUGCAAUAUCAGUUUUGGAGAUCGUUCUACGUUGGUUCUACACAUGCGAACACACACUGGGGAGAAACCAUUUUGCUGUGUGGUGUGCAAUAAGCGAUUUACUCAGAGGGCGCAUUUAAGAACGCACUCCAGAACUCACACAGGAGAAAAACCUUUUGCAUGUACAGUCUGCGAGUCAAGUUUCGCAGAUCGUUCGUCUUUGGUUCAACACAUGAGAAUACACACUGGGGAGAAAGUGUUCAAUUGUAGUGUGUGUGACCAACGGUUCUUUUAUAAGUAUCAGCUUAAAAAACACAAGUGUGCUGGCAAGAGCACAACGGCAGAGUCUUAACUUUAUGACUGCCAUUGGCGGCGCAAGACGUUGAAUCCAUUUUCGCCCCUCCAGUCUAAAUGGAUUGUAGGUUUUGCACCGUCAAUAGCACUGACAGAUUAAUGUAUUUGCUUUAAACUUGGUGAAAUCAAAUGUGGCCUGUCACCGAUUCCUUUUAUAGGACAUGUAAUGUAAUAAACAAAUGCAAUAUCACAAUUGUGGUUCUCUUUUUAUUACCGUUGAUUAAAAAAGUUUAUGUAUGAUGGCAAAAAUAAAACUUGUUUAUUAUUGUAACAUAAUACCUGGUCUUCACCCAAGUCUAUGCAAAUCA